CUGCCGGUCCCAAGCCCGGAUAAAAGAGGAGGGUUCAUCGCGGGGCUAACCACCCAGCAUGGGAAAACAGAUAUGGUUACGAACACUUCCACAACAGAAAAUAUCGGAACGCUCAAAACAAGACGACCCAGGCUGAGGAAAAUGGACAACCGAUUUAGCAUGCGAUUUGGAACAUGGAACAUACAGACGAUGCUGCAGGCAGGAAAGAUGAUGGAGGUUGGAGACGUGCUCUGUAGGUACAAUUUGGACCUAAUCGCCCUACAAGAAGUACGGUGGAGUGGGACUGGGCAAAUUGAAAAGCAAAACUUUACAUUAUACUACAGCGGUGCCACCAAACAGGGUCUCUAUGGCACGGGAUUUAUGGUCGGUCGCAAACUUAAGCCGAGCAUUUUAGGUUUCGAACCCAUCAGUGACAGACUAUGCAGCAUCAGAGUUAAAGGCAAGCUUUACAACUCUACCUUCAUCUGCUGCUAUGCUCCUAUUAACGAUGCCGCCGAUGAAACCAAAGAUCAGUUUUACGGCGAUCUUCAAAACGUCAUAGAGAAAGUCCCUAGAUACGACGCCCUUAUAGUCCUCGGAGAUGUUAACGCACAAGUGGGCAAGGAACAAGCCUUCGGGGAAGUAGCUGGCAAGCACUCGCUGCAUGAUGUCACGAACGACAAUGGCGAACGAUUGUAUCAUUUCCUGGUGGUUGCAAGGGCAAGAUUUAGGACUCAAACCGUGCAGUGCAAAAGCGAAAGAAGAAUCAGAUGGGCAACGGAAAAACUCAAAGACGGCGAGAUUAACACCAAAUACAAGCAAGAGAUAGCAAAACAGCUUGAACUACGACUGCCGCAAUCCGACAUUGAGCUGGAAUGGAAGAGCAUAAAAGAUGGUAUAUUGGAAGCGGCAAAGGAAACGAUAGGAGAAAAACAGAGAGUCCGACCUGAAGAGUGGUAUGACGAAGAAUGUCGAGAAGCCUUAGAGCGGAAGAAUGCGGCUCGAUUAAUUUACCUGCAGUCAAAGUCUUCGACGCACAAGGAAAAAUUCAAGGAAGAAAGGGAUAAAGCGCGUAGGCUUCUGAAGCGCAAGAGAAAGGCGAGUGAGCUAAGGCAGAUGCAAGCGCUCGAUGAUGCGGGAACUAGGGGUUCGGUAAGAACCUUCUUCAAAAAAGUCAAUCCUUUGCGUAAAGGAUUCCAACCCAGAAUUAAUAUCUGUCGUGACGGGGAAGGCAAUGCAUUAACCGACAAAACCGAGAUCUUAAAGCGAUGGCGGGAGUAUUUCGACAAUCUGCUUAAUGUGGGCAGUGAAGCUGCAGACCGCAUUACAUUUUAUGACGUGGAGCAGGAAAUUAACCCACCAACCGUUACGGACGUCGAGAAAUGCAUUAAAUACCUUAAAAACAACAAAGCAUCGGAUUUCAAGCAGGCCUUCGAUAGCGUGAACAGACAUAAGAUCUUUGAUGCAAUGAGGUUACUGGGAAUCCCAAGUAAACUAGUGCGCCUGGUUGAGGCUACUAUGUGUAACUCGAAAUCGGUAGUAGCUAUACAAAAUGACAUAUCGGACCCAUUCGAAAUACGCUCAGGAGUAAGGCAAGGAGAUGCCCUAUCUACUGUUGUCUUCAACCUUACGCUGGAGGCAGCCAUCCGAAACGUAGGAGUAAAAGGGCUUUUAGACUAUAACACCAGUCAGCUAGCCGCCUAUGCGGAUGAUAUCGUUAUCACAAGCAGGUCUCAAAGCAGCAUGAUCAGACACACCACAACUCUCCAGAUGGAAGCGGCAAAGUAUGGAUUGAUGGUUAACGCAAGCAAAACGAAGUACCUUCAUAGCACGCGCAACCCUCGUCCACUACAGGAUGUCACCAUUGGAGAUGAUACAAUUGAAGGAGUCAGCAGCUUUAAGUACCUGGGGUCGAUACUGUCCAGCCGGAAUAAGGUUGGAGAUGAGGUGAAUGCCAGAAUCAUGGCUGGCAGUAGAUGCUUUUACUCUCUCAGCAAACUUUUCCGAUCAAAAUAUCUUAGUGCAAAAUCCAAGCUGUCUAUCUAUAAGACCAUAAUACGCCCCGUCACCACCUAUGGGUGUGAAGCAUGGUCACUAACAGCUUUGGAAACCCAAAAGCUCGCCGUGUUUGAGAGGAAAGUUCUGCGCAAAGUGUUUGGGCCAGUGAAAGACGCAGACGGUGACUACCGUAUACGCAUGAAUCACGAGCUGGAGGCACUCAUGAACCGAGAAACAAUCGUCCGAUUCAUCAAGUCACAGCGUCUGAGAUGGGCUGGGCACACUGUGUGUUGUCGGUCAAUAGGAGAUUUCGGUUCUGAAGUUCCUCCGAUAAAUUUUGGUGGUUUUGGAUCUUUUGGGAACGGGGGAGGAUUUGGGGGGUUCGGGAAGAUUGGGGAUUUCGGAGGAUUCAGCGGAUUUAGGAUAGGGGGAGACCAGCAACCAACGCCGCCAUUUUUCGGCUAA